AUGACGGCAACAAACAACAACAGCAACUAUAUCGUUUCUGAUGAAAAAGUUAUUGAUUCAUUAGUUGAGGAAUUAGUUGUGGCAGAAACUAAAACCCUCAACGAAAGAAUUGGUGAAAACAUGAUUGAUUUACACAACUACCUCAAACAUGAUGGAGGAAGAGGAAGGAAAACUGGUAUGGCUUUAUUAGUAAAUAAAAUAUCAAAUUUAACGAUUAUAGAUGUUGAUAUCAAUAAAUCAUACGAUGAUGAACUUAAAGAAACGGUUAGAAAAGAUAUUUUAUCAAAACUUUCGGAUAAAGAUGUUAUCGUUAAAACCGCUUCGGGAGGACUUCACAUUUAUUGCAACACUAAUUUCUUCUAUGCAGUUUCGAACAGAAUGAUUAAAUGUUAUUCCUGCAAUGAUUAUGAUAUUGAUAUAAUGACUUCUAUUGAUGAUUCAAAACGUUCUUUAGUGGUUAUGGCUGAUUCAAGAGUUCGCAAGAAUGCAACAGAACCAAUCAAUACAUACUCAUUCAUUCGUGGAAGUUAUGAUUCAACAUUAACCAGAACAGUGGAUGAUAUAUUAAAUGAUUUGAAUAUUAAGGUAAGAGUUGAACAGAAGAAUGAAGAAAUAAAGACUAUCAUGAAUGAAAACAAAGAUGUAAACAUUGACGAUAAACUUGCCCAGAGCAUAGUUGAUGGUAUCUGUGAUUUUGAAGUACAUAAUGACGGUGGAAACAUGAAUUUAGAAAAAGAAAUAACAUUAUUCACACUGUUUCAAGCAAUUAAUUCGUUACCUAAUCAUUUAAUUAAUGAAGCAUACGAUAAUGUUUAUAACUUCUGCAGUUUAACAGAAAAUGCAAAAAGUAAUUUUGAAAAAGCAC